AUGCUAUUCUUUUUAUGCGAAAAUUUGCUAUCCGAUUCCAAUGCUAUAUUAAAAAAAGCAUAUAAGAACAGAUUGAUUGAAUUUUAUGUCAGUGGAUCUUCAUCUCAGUAUAUUAAUGGAAGUAGACAAUUAACAAAACCAGAGUACGCCUUUGACCAAAUUGACAAGGAAUAUGAUUGGUGCUCAAAUUGUGGAAAGCAUAAAGAAGACCAUCCAUGGAUUAUUUUCAAUCUUAAAAACAAGAUGUUUGAAUUCAAUGGAUAUUAUAUUAAAUCUGGUUGCUGCAGCGGAACAGAUUGUUGCUGCUGUUAUGAUGAAGUUCAUUACUGCUGCGAAUGCUGCUUAUUUAGCUGGUCAUUACAAAUUUCAAACGAUAAUUCAACAUGGAAGACAGUUCAUAAAGUAAAAAGAGACUAUGAAAUGAGACGUUGCCGUGAUAAGACUUAUAAAUUUUCAGAAACUCAUCGUGCUAAAUUUAUCAGACUUAUUCAAGACGAAGCAUGCUACGAUGACCCUCCAUGCAUUGCUAUAAACAAGAUUGAUUUUAUUGGUCAAAUAUAUGAAGAUGGAGUUCCUUUAGAUGACUAUGGUAUGGAUAAUGAAGAUGAAGACGUGAGCAUCAUUGGCCAUAUCUCUAAAAGCAAGCUCUAA